AUGGAAGAACCUACCUGCUCCUCCCCCAUCCCUUCUCCUUCCACGCCACCGACCGCCACGAAUCCAGCCAUAACUCAUAAUGAUGGCAUGACUCGAUCUCAAGCCGCAAAUCUUUACAUCAGCCUUCCUAAUUUAAGCUUUAAGAUUAUCUUUGCAGCAUCGGCAUUUCCUGAUACCUUGGCCGCUUCGUCUACACGAGGUAUCAUUCGGACCCUAGCCUCAAUAUGUCUUUCCUCGUCCAUUGGGAGAUGGGUUGACAAGUCUCCUCACCGGCUGAAAACGCUUUCAUCUACGAUUUCUAUCAAUAGGCUUUCGGUCAUUGCGGCUUCGAUAUUAUGGCUCUGCAUCGCGGAUCCGAGAGUUGGCGAUACCAGCUCCUUCACGCCACCAAUUCCUACAUUUGGAAAAUACGGAGCUUUUGCUCUGAUUUUGGUUAUGGAGAUCUCGGAAACGUUGAGUGCACAAGGUAAUAUGCUGUCUAUGGAACGAGACUUUGUGGUCACAGCAGCGGAUCCAGAUGGACAUCCUUAUGAUUUGACGAAUCUGAAUGCUGUGAUGAGACGGAUUGACCUUACCUGCAAACUCAUAGCUCCUUUAAUAAUCUCUGCAAUUAUCUCGGCUACAAGUGCUAAGAUUGGAGUCCUUUUUGUUGGUGGUAUGAGUUUGGCGAGUUGGGCAGUCGAGUUGUGGUGUGCGAAAAGAGUAUGGGAUAUGAACGCCAAACUUCGAGUUUUGAAGAUUACAAACCCCGAUAACUCACGAGAACAAAUUUAUGUGACUCCAGUGAACAGGGUAGUCAGAGGUUUCUACCAAUACACUCAAGACAUCAAACAAUACUUCGCAUCACCAGUCUGGAUCCCCUCAUUCUCCCUUGCGUUACUCCAUCUCUCCGCUCUCUCCUACGCCGCGACGUUCAUCACCUUCCUCCUCAACUCCGGAAUCUCAUUACCCAUCAUCACGAUUGCAAGAGCAGCUGGAAGUGUAGUUGAGAUUAGCAGUACGCUCAUAACUCCAUACGGAGUAACACGUCUCGGAAAAGCAAGUCGACAUGGUUAUUUUCGAGGUCAACCUCUUGAGAAUCAGGAUUCUGAAACUACACUUCUCGAAUCAAGGCAAGCGGAAAAUUACAUCCCGGAUACGAAAGGAAAUACGGAAGUUGGACUUGAGAGACUGGGACUUUGGGGGUUGACAUUUCAAUUCCUCAACCUCCUCCCCGUCCUCCUCUCCAUUUCCCUCCUCUCGUCCACCUCCGCCUCCCCCUCUUCGCUUAACUUGUUCCUCACAUUCCUCACCCUCUUCCUCCCCCUCUCCCUCUCCCGCCUCGGUCUCUGGACCUACGAUCUCACCACCACGCAACUCGUGCAAACGCUGCACCCCUCCACCUCCCUCUCCGCCUUUUCCGGUGCGGAGAAUACGUUCAUCGCUUUCUUUGAAUUAACGCAACAUGUAUGCGGCAUCAUCUGGGCCAGACCUGAGGACUUUGUGUGGAUUGCCAGUGUUGGGGUGGGUAGUGUGGGCGUGAGUGCGGUUUUGUAUGCGGGAUGGGUUAGGAGGGUGAGAGGGCAUUUGGUGCAUUGGAGGUGGGGGUGUAAGGGGUGA